AUGGAUGCCGACAGCUUCCAGCUGUACUCCGUCGUCGCUACAGCAGCACUGGUUCGCCUCUGCCUAACAAGUCAGCCAACCUGGAACGACACCGAUGGGGACUGGGACGUCAACGAUUUCGUCAACGGUUUACUCGAGUCCGUGCGGGCCGUGGCAGAAGCCCAACUGGGCUAUGAAGCUGGAGGUCUUGGUGGGUCAAUUUCACUGCUCAUCGAGACAUCGACUGACUUAUACUACCUCAGGGAGCUUUUUGGGAACGGCCACGAAAAGCGUGCAGACCGUCCCCCGACCACAGGCGAUCAGAUGCUUGAAGAGAGCGACAGCGAAGCGGAGACCUGCGACAUCGAUGAGCCUUUCGGCGACGCGUCGGGCGGCAAGGAUUGA